AUGGCGUCUCGGUUGAUGAAGAUUGGAAUAUGGCUGCUGGCUUUCGCGGUUGCCUUGGUGGCGGCAGAAAGUGCUCCUCGGUCUACAAAUCUCGUCUCGGUGUUGACAAGUCUCGAGGGUGAACUUCCAAAAUGCGCAUACAAAUGUUUCAGUGCUUACGCGACUAAAUCACAAAGUUGUAGUCUUGUCGAAGACUUCAUGACUUCCAACGUGACGCAGUGCCUGAACAAAGACUGCACAACACGCCUUCUGCUUGAAUCCCAAAAACUCGUCACAAAGACGUGCGGAACCGAGACACGGAACUAUCAAGGCGAUGUUAGAGCCAUCUCUUGGACCCUAUGGGCGUUCGCCACAUUCUUUCUUAGCGGACGAUUGCUUGCACGUACUUCAUUCUUCGGUGGCAUGGCGCUGGGCUACGAUGAUUGGGCAAUCGUGGUUUCGUGGUUUGUGCUUACUGGUGUGACUGUUGGUGCCGAAUUAAUGGUGAUCUUUGGUCUCGGAACAGACAUGUGGACACUUGAUGAUACCCAUAUCACCAUAACCCUUAUCCUAUUCUACGUUGCGGAGUUUGCAUACGUCAUCGAAUCAACCAUCACUAAAGUCUCGAUUCUUUUGUUAUAUCUUCGUAUCUUCCCCGACAAGCUCUUCCGAAAACAGGUUUAUGUUCUUAUGGGCUUAAUGGCUGCCUUCUGUGUGGUAUUCGUCGUGACACUGCUCACAUAUUGUGUGCCGUUCGAUUAUACCUGGAUGCGCUGGGACAAUCAGAACACGGGAACGUGUAUCAACAUGAACGCACAAACUUAUGUUUGCGCUGCGUUGAACAUCGCCCUUGAUCUUAUCAUUUUCUUCAUUCCUAUUCCUCAACUGGCGAAACUCGAUUUGACACUGAAGAAGAAAGCCGGUAUCAUUCUGACAUUCUGCGUCGGACUAUUUGUCACCAUUUGCAGCAUGAUUCGUCUUCGAGCACUGAUCGGAUGGACCGAAAGUACGAAUCAAACCUGGGAUUUCGCCAAGCUAGCCGUGUGGUCUCUGAUCGAGUUGGACGUGGGCGUCAUUUGCGCCUGUAUGCCGGGCAUGGCUGGUCUCUUCCGCCGACUGAAGAAACGAAGCACCGAAUACAUUCGAUCCAAGUCCAGCUUCGGAGCUUCCGGUAAUGCCUCACAGGUACUGGGUAGUUCGACGGCUGGUGGCCCUGCCAUCACCAAGACCACAAUUGUCACCGUAAAACACACACGCGGGGACCAUAAUCACGGGUCUAGUGUGAGUGAGUCGGAACUAGAGCUGGUGGAUCGCUCGAAAGGCUCCUCAUAUUACCAAUAUGGGAGAGAAAUGGUAUAG